AACUCGGUUGCCCUUGUCAUGGCCUGCCGCAUACACAUUGGAAGAUCAAAGUAGAGAGAAAGAGAGAGAGAGAGAGAUGCGGUUGUGUCCGUCUCCCCGCGUCCCCCCCCCCUCGGGGAAGCUUCUGCGGGAACUCCGCGUCGUGUCACACACACUCUGCGGAGAAGUUUAUAUCUUCGUCCUCCCCUCGCUCCUCUCUCCCGUGAGAUGCUCCCCGAACGCUUCUUGUUGUCACUGCCGCUAUCGUGCCCAAGCCUCCCCCCCCCGCCGGUGCCCAACACGCAAGACGAUAUCUUGAGAAGUCUGCAGCCUUUUUUGGCCUACUCUCUUCUCUCCCCCUCCAACUUGCUUGGCCAUUGGAACCGGCCAACACCUCCAAACCACCGCAGCCGCGCCUCCCCGUCGUCAUCAUGGCUAUCAAGCCCGCCGGCGUGCCGGGCAAGACCUGGCCCGCCAUCGCCAUUGGCUUCUUCGUCGCCUUCGGAGGUCUGCUUUUCGGCUAUGACACGGGCACGAUCAAUGGCAUCCUCGAGAUGACCUACUGGCAACGCCUCUUCAGCACCGGCUACGUGGACACCAAAGGCCAUCCCGACGUCUCCCCGUCCCAGGAGUCCGCCAUCGUCUCCAUCCUCUCUGCCGGCACCUUCUUCGGCGCCCUGGCCUCGCCUCUCCUGGCCGACUCCAUCGGACGUCGCUGGGGUCUCGCCGCCUCCUGCUGGGUUUUCAACCUCGGCGUCGCUCUCCAGACCGCCGCCGUCGACAUCCCCCUCUUCCUGGCCGGCCGCUUCUUCGCCGGCUUCGGUGUCGGUCUGAUCUCCGCAUUGGUCCCUCUCUACCAGUCCGAGACCGCCCCCAAGUGGAUUCGCGGUGCCAUUGUCGGUGCCUACCAGUGGGCCAUCACCAUCGGUCUGCUCCUGGCCGCCAUCAUCAACAACGCCACCCACAAGCGUCAGGACACGGGCUCCUACCGCAUCCCCAUCGCCGUCCAGUUCCUCUGGUCGAUCAUCCUCUUCGUCGGCAUGCUGAUCCUGCCCGAGACCCCUCGCUUCCUCAUCAAGCGCGGCCGCCUCGAAGACGCCACAAAGGCCCUGGCCAAGCUCCGCCGCCUGCCCGAGAACGACCCGUACGUCGCCGAGGAGAUUGCCGAGAUCAAGGCCAACCACGACUACGAGUCCAGCAUCGGCACCGCCACCUACCUCGACUGCUUCAGGCCCCCCGUGCUCAAGCGCCAGUUCACCGGCAUGGCCCUCCAGGCCCUCCAGCAGCUCACCGGCAUCAACUUCAUCUUCUACUACGGCACCACCUACUUCGAGAACUCGGGCUUCUCCAACAGCUUCGUCAUCGGCAUGAUCACCUCCUCCAUCAACGUCGUCUCCACCCUUCCCGGCAUGUACGCCGUCGACCGCUGGGGCCGCCGCCCCCUGCUCCUCUGGGGCGCCGUCGGCAUGUGCGUCUCGCAGUUCCUCGUCGCCAUGCUGGGCACCUUGACCACCAGCCAGGACGCCGCCGGCAACAUCAUUGUCCUCAACAUGCCCGCCCAGAAGGCCGCCAUCGCCUUCGUCUGCAUCUACAUCUUCUUCUUCGCCUCCACCUGGGGCCCCCUCGCCUGGGUCGUCAACGGCGAGAUCUUUAGCCUCAAGACCCGCGCCAAGUCUCUGUCUCUGUCGACCGCCACCAACUGGCUUCUCAACUGGGCCAUCGCCUACGCCACCCCCUACCUGGUCAACUACGGCGACGGCUACGCCAACCUGCAGUCCAAGAUCUUCUUCGUCUGGUUCGGCGCCUGCUUCAUCUGCAUCGCCUUUGUCUACUUCUUCAUCUACGAGACAAAGGGCCUCACCCUCGAGGAGGUCGAGGAGCUGUACGCCGAGGUCAGCGUCGCCAGCAAGUCCACCAACUGGAAGCCCACCACGACCUUCCGCGACCGCCAGGCCGCCGACGGCGACAAGGCCGUGCCGCAAAGCGACGGCGACGCCGCUCACCACGAGAAGACCGCCUCUGCUUAGAUAUGCUGUCCAGUGUGUGUGCGUGUGUGUGUGUGUGUGUGUGUGUGGGCGGGGAAAUAGUAAUGAAAAAAGAGAGGUCUCCUUGCGCGCGCGCCUCAUGGA